GACACAUUUCCGUUUGUUUAAAUAUUCCGUUUAAAUCGUUAUAAUUACAGCGUUGAACUCGUCAGUAAUUGUAGUAUGAAUGUUGUCUGUAAAUGAAUACUCGUCAACAUAUCGUUUGAUAAGUAAGUGUUCUGGUCCGUUUCUUUCGACAAUGACGUCCGUCUGCAAAUGUGCUACAUUGAUAAAGUGAAAAUCUGCUAUGAGACUCGACCUUUGACGAACACAUUCACGCGCUGCUAGGUAACUGGACGCAAAUAGUGUACUCACUGUGAUCUUCCUGGCUACUCUGUUAUUUAUGUGAGCAUUUAGGCUUAUAAGCAUUAUACACACCGGUUGAAAAGAGGAAAAGUCAAUAUUGCAGUUUCCUGUAUUGUUGGAUCAGGGAUGGACAGAACGCUAGUUUCUCUCGCAACAGAAGAAAAUGAUGAUGACGCAGAAAAGGCGCGCGAAGUUGCUUUACUAUUCAGCCGUGAUCGCCUGAAAGAGUUGAAGCAAGGUAUCAAUAUGAUGAUCGAAGCAUUUACUGAGAUUUUGGAACUUGAUCCGAAGAAAGAAGUCUCUAUUACAUACAAAAAUUAUCGUCAAAAACUGCAAAGCAUUGAGGAAGAAAGCUGGGCACGAUUACGUCAGCGUCAUUUUAACACCUACCAUCACCAUGACAAUGACCUCAACAUCAAUAGGUCACUUAGUGACCGUUUUCUAGAGUUUAUUUCUACAUUAGACAGUAUCAAACAAGUACUUGUUGAACAAUUACAGAAUACAACAAAGAGAGAGGAAACCCUGAGUCAAGACGUCAAACAUUUACGACGCGAUCUUUUAAAAGAAAAGCAAACUUCAACAAAUCUAAAGUGGAAAUUAGAUGAAGUUUCUAAGGAGUUAACAUCACAAUUAAGUUCAACGGGAAUCUUAAGUGAACAGCUUCAAGAAAAACAAAAAAUAAUUCAACAGUUACAAAGAAACGGCACAGUCCAACUAUGGGAGAAGGAGAAAAAGAAACUGUUAGAUAAUGUAGCUCAACAUGAAAGAGAAUUAGAAGCAGAACUUACGGGUCUCCAACAACUUCACGAGGAUACAAAAGAUCGUCUGAACGGAAGAAUUCGAGAAUUGGACGAGAAGCUCAAAAUGGAGAAGAUGAAAGAUGUUGUAUCUCGGAAAGCAGACAGGGACGAUCUUUUUACUGAAUUGGAAAACUCUAAACGAAGACUUUAUACUCUAGAGAAAGAUAUGUCUUACGUGGAAAGAGAAAUAGCAGAUCACCAGAAAUUAUUUGUUGGCUGCAUUAAUGGAAUUAGGAAAGAUUUUACGACUAUCGUAGAAAGGGAUAAGGAAAAUGGGUCGUUGGGGAAGGGUGACGUGCGGAAGAUGACUUUAAUUUUGAAUGCAAUAUACAAUGGAGUGAGGUCUGGACGACUUGAGAUAAUGAAAGCUGAUUUACCGUUACACUACAUAGCGUUAGAUGAGGAAAUUAUCGGUCAUCCAUCACUAAAGAAACUAACGAAAUCUCAAACGUUGCGUCCAGUUGAAAGACACCUUGAAGAAAUAGAUACAGACGAUAAAACAUUAAGUUCUGAUAAUAACUCAUCGCACCUAGAAGCGGCGAACACUCAUGUCCGUUCCAUUGCUCCUCCAACAAUCGUAGUUCCUGAAUCGACAGAAAACGCCAAAGCAGGAAAACAGCUAUUGACGGGAUCACAAAGCCCAGUCCGAAGAAGGCGUCCUGGAACGCCUUUACGACCUAAAAGUAGUAGGCUUAGGCCUAAGGACUCAAGUACUUGGUCAAAUACCGGCUCAAAUGUGUCACUAAAUAAAACAAAUCAUAGAAAAGCAAGGGCUAGCUCGGCAAAAAUAUCAAGUCCUCGGAAAGCAUCGACAUAUUCCUUUCCACCGGCACAAGUAUCAGGCGACCACCCUGAACUUAUUAAUCCAAGCACCGGCACAUUGGAUAUCGAGACAGCCAUGAAAUAUUUUAAGAGUUAUACAAAAGAACAGAUUCUCGAUUAUUUCAAAAUGUUUACCAAAUAUGAUAAGGACAAAAACUUCUCACUCGACCUUAGUGAAACAAUGGACGCAAUACAUUCAACUGUUGGUGAUUAUUAUACAGAAAAUCAAAUAAAGGAGGUGAUGGAAGAAGUGGACAUAAAUAAUUCAAAUUCAAUUGACUUUUACGAGUAUUUAGGUGUCUCAUCAAUGUUAAAUCGACGAUCUGGUAAAUCCGAGGUUUUUCGAAGUGGUAUCGUGAAGCACGGUGGGACAUCAGUGUCAAAGAUGUGUAUUGUGCAAUAAAUCAAUGUAGAAAGCAUUGUAAUGGUUGUCGAUUUAAAUGUCGUUUCGAUCCGUGACAGGUCAUAUUGCAAAACGUAGACUAUGUUUAAACUUCUAGCAGGCAUGAACGGAUCUAUGACAACUCAAUCAGUGUCUUGAAUACGUUACACCUUCUGAUAUUCAUCGUUAUGGCUAUCAAUCAAGUUUAGCUGAAAAAUAAAAAUAAUGUUUUUGUUAACAUAAUAAAUAUUAGUAUUGCUACGAUCAUCUGAGGGCGCCGUCCACUGAUGACGUCACGGUGUAACACUGGCAGCUGACAUAAUCUGUCGUAGAUGGUAAGAAUACUAUAUUCUAACUUUAAAAAGAACAUUUUAUUAUUAAUAAGGAUUUGGAAAGUAAGUCAAACGCCAUCGGAAAAGUCAAAUGUA